GAACGUCUAUCAUCUCAAGUAUCUCGAAAGCUUGGGCAGAUGCCUGGAAUACGUUUUGGUAGUGAACUGGAGCAGACAGCUCCUUUUAACCUGGACCAAAGAGUACUUCUGUUCCAUCUGCACUAUAGUACAAAGCACUUUCAGAUCAGGCCAAACCUCCAUAUGGCAAGGCAACAGCACUUUCUAGCUGGCAGCCCCUCCAAGGAUCCCACCAGGGUAGCCCUCCAGAACUACAACUCCCAUACAGCAAAGCACAGGGUUGUCCAGUACACUGGGGAAACGCAUGGUCUCAGGGGGCAGUCAUCUCCUUUCCUUGCAUUGUAUCUUCCAAAAUAUGAAAGGGGACACCAAUCAUCUUGACCAGGACACCCAAUCCACUGAUGUUUGCCAUCUGCUAUGAGGACCUCCCAGCCAGAACUGAAGGAACACUGAACGCACGAUGUCCAAAUAUCUGAGGCACUUCACAGCCGUGGGUGAUGACCAUCACAGCCAAGUCAAGCAGCACUAUGACCAGUUUAACGAGCAUAUGCAUGGACUGGAGGUGGAGCCACGGCCUGUGGUUCAGGCGCCAACGCUCCGCGACAGUCUGAAGAAGCUGUUCAGCUCCCACCGUUUUCAGGUGGUGGUCGUCUGCCUGGUGGUCCUGGAUGCCUUGUUUGUGUUGUGUGAACUUCUCAUGGACUUAUCCAUCAUUAAAGCUGAUGAACAUAAGAUUGCCCCUCAGGUUUUCCACUACCUCAGCUUGGCCCUUCUCUCUUUCUUUAUGGUGGAACUUUUUGGCAAGUUGUAUGCAUUCCGGCUGGAGUUCUUUCAUCACAAGUUUGAAGUGUUUGAUGGGAUAGUCGUUAUUGUUUCUUUCAUCCUGGACAUUAUCUACAUCUCACAUGAAGAUGCCUUUGAUGGUGUGGGGCUGCUCAUCUUGUUGAGGCUCUGGAGGGUGGCAAGGAUAAUCAACGGAAUUCUUGUAUCGGUACAGUCACAAGCAAAUCAAAAAAUCGAGAAGCUGAAAGAGGCCAAUGACGAGCUAACGCAGCGGAUCAGCGAACUUGAAAAUGAUAAAAGACAGAAGGAAACUGAAAUCGAGAGAUUGUGCACAGUAUUGCGACAGAAUGGAAUUACAAUACCUUCUCUAUCGGAUGGGGCAGUUUGCUAGUCAAGUCUGAUGACACUACUGAGCUCGUACAGAAGAUAUUGAGCCUCUGAGAUGUAGAAAAUUGAUCUGUAUAAUAAAGGCCGAUUUCCCAGCUCACUUAGAUCGUGUUGUGAGUAUGCUUAAAUUGGGCUGACAAAAUACAUUGCCAUUAUUGUAUUAUUUCAAAUGCAGUGCCAUUAUUGUAUUAUAAAUCAUUCGACCUCAAGCAACCCAAGAUGCAUUAAUUAAUGUGGGCAAACAAGACUGUCGGUGAGUUUUCUCAUCCCAUCAUUCUUCUUAAUGUCACUUUGUAAGUUAAGUAUAUUGCUAAGUGGCAAUGGGGUUAAUGUGAUUGCAAAUGUUAUUUCAGUGACUUAACUUUGUGUUACAAGGUGACUAAUUAAUUAUAUUAAAAGUGUGUGUUUUUAUAUUUGUGACUCAACUGGUCAAGGUGCAUAUAACUGAAGUAUAAUUCCAUUUCUGGAUUUGAUUUUCUAUACUUUAAUAAGGCGGUUGUUUAAAUCUAGCCAUUGAAAAAUCUCCCCCAAUUGUAUAGUUUUUGAAAUCUUGUGCUUCAGCUUUUAUAAACACAUUUUUAUUUUUGUCAGAUGCUUUUUAUGAAAAAAAAAUAUAUACAGUAUAUGUGUCUUCUUUGUAAAACGCAUUAUGUUAAGAAAUAGUCGUGUUGGUCGUUUCUGUAAGUUUUACUUGCUGUACUGAUUUGUGGACGGAGUCAAAUGAUUUAAAUAAUCAUUUAAAUAGUCUCUAUGAAGUAGCUUCUGUGUAUUUUCUCGUGACACGUAAACAUUUUAUACUUUACAAGUUGGUCUGAAAUUAGUUAAAUCCAAAUGUGUGUGUAAAUGGUAAAUUCAUACAGGUACCACAAACCGCACAACUUACGGCAUAUGGAAGGGCGGUGAAACCCCACUGUACAAUACUAUCCCAAUAUGAAUGUCUUUUUACAAUAAUAUUGACUUUUUUUAUGUUUUGACAGAAUGUCACGUUACUUGUGUUGCAUAAUCCACGUUUGAGCUUUCCAAUAGUAUACUUCAAGCGUGCUAAAAUAUAAACUAGCAGAGUGCGCCUGUGCUCCUAGAAACUAUUGAAAUCGUCAGAAAAAAAAUUGAAAUGCAGAGUCGGUGAAUUUGUUUUGCGGAUGUGCUCGCCCCCCCAUUUCUAUCGGCAGCUAAGCGAGUUUUUCUCUCUCCUUGGAAGUUUCAUUUUGCUGAUGUGCUCACCUCACUUGUGCAUUAGUUUCUCUUUACUCUGCGAUUUUGUUUUGCCGACCUGCUGGCUCCCCCUUGUCUAUCAGCAGCUAGGUGGGUUUCUCUCUCCUUGGCGGUUUCACUUAGGCGAUGAAGUCGCUUUCUUUCAGCUUCAUGCUGUAGCGUUGCACUUCUUUCUUCUUCCGACUCGUUAACUUUGGGCCGCCUUGUCGGGUCUUUGAGCUUCAUGUUGUAGCCUCGCAUGUCCGGGCUGGACAGACACACACACACACACACACACACACACACACACUCACACGUGUAGACGUUUAUAUAAGACAUGUAUACUUCAAGAAUUCUUAGCUCCAGAGUCAGAUGUUUUAUUCAAAAAGUCAAUCUCAUUAGACUUCAGUUUGUUUAUGAUGUGUGCUAAUUUUUCCAGAAGUAGCCAUUUAAUAAUAUUUUAGGAAAAACGCAUGCUUUUGGCACAUUUUGAGCACAAAACUGGACAGCUGAUCUGUAGAUUAUGUGACACGAGUAACGUAAGAUUUUUUUUUUUUUCAUUUAACGUUUUUCACUGCAUUUGCUGUUGUACAGAAGUGGUCAGUAUUGGCUUCUAUUAUAAUACAGACUUUUUUUCUCUUCUAAAUGAAAACAUGACAUUAAAAAGUACCUGUGGUAUGCAACAUAUACAAACAAUA